UCCUUGUUACGCUGUUCGAGUCGUUUUUGCAACAAGGGGACAUCCGGUACUAUAUAGGACAGGUUGCGUUUUACACGAACUGUUUGAGUGUAGUAACGGCGCCAGUUUCAUAAAUUUGAAAAACAAAAAAGAAACUUCUGCUGAACCAGCUUUAAAAUGCCUGUGAGGAGAACUCUGCGCAUGGACAAUGGCCAUCAACAUCCAGUUUCCAAAAUACCAGUACCCGCAAGAAACCAUGCACCUUCAACAGGGACUGCAAGUUCUCAGGCAGGUAAGACCAACGUCACAACACGUGAACAAGAGGUCCCACAGACGGAGUUGGAAAAACUGGAUUCCACGCGAUCUAAACUGGAACAAUCAGUGGAUGCAUUCAUCAAGGCCAGGAAAGAGCUGGAGGAAAUAUUCUCAGCAGAGGGCAGCAGUGAACAAGGACGCUUCCUCACUGGAUCUUCUGCUGACCUGAAGACUGAGCUAAAGAGACACAGAGAGCUGACAUUCAGAGUAGAGUCAUCUUUGAAAGAAAAUAAAGACCCCAAGCAUCACAGUCAAGGAACUGUGAAGCUGGGUAGCUCCUACGAGUUUCUGAAGUCCAUUAUGGAUUGAGGUUUUUGUUAGCGAGGCAUCUCGGCUGUUGACAGCUAAUGGAAUUGCUCUUCACCUCCUGUGCGUAUGAUCCCUCGGAGAUAAAGCAGGAGAUGAAUGUGGAAUCUACUGUCAGUCGUGAGGCGGAGAUGUCUUGGAGGCCGUCAUUCAUUUGCAGGAGAGGCGUCUGAAAUGGUGGGAGCGAAUCCUCUGACGUAUUAGACCCUGUCUACCCGCCGGAGCCUCUGCCUGGCACCUGACAAAUGUUGAUUCUACAUUAACCACAAUGCUGCAACACUGUGCAAAUAAUGUUCUUUCAGAUGGCAACCCUCAUCCCCUUUAUGGCUAAAACUAUGCAAUCCUCCCCACCUGUGCAGUUUAACACCUUUUUGAAAAGUAAAGGUGGGGGGGGGGCAAACUGACUUGCACAACACAGUAGUCUCUUUAUUUGGUAGUGCCUGGGAAGGCCGAGGCCUCUCACUGCCCGAGUCGACCUAAGCAACAGCUGGUGUUCACAGCAACAUUUCCUAUUUCUGCCUAAGGUGGAUCGUGUAACUCUCACUUUAUCACCCUUAGAGGCCACGUGAAGGACAAAGCCAGCACGCCCAUAAACAAAACUAAUGUUUUGAUACAAGCCCCUUUGGAGAUUGAUGGAAGGAUCCGUGGUACUUUUAAUGCCCCUUUACCACCCAUGACACAUCAAAUAAUCUUUUGCCUACACCAAUGGUUUUCACUUUAGGUCAGGAUCUAAAACUAUUAGUUAUUCUACUUACUUCUUGUAAUGUGUAUUUAUAAUCUAGGGGUCCCUUAGGGGGGGUGUUCUUCAUCUCCUAUUAACACAGAGUUUUUGCUAGGAGGGCUCAGUAUCUACUUAUUGUGCCUGCCACUGUUCUAAGGUUUAGAGCCACAGAGACUGGGGAUAUGCAUCCUGGGUAACUUGUCAGGGACUAGGUGGUGACAGAAGACUUAUCUUCACUGUGGCUUUGAAAAAGGCUUCUUUGGUGUGUAAUUAUUUAACUUCUUUUAAACACCAGAAGCACAUGAACUGGAUUUUUUUUAUCAUACAGUUUUAGUAACGUAAUCUGUCUCGAAAAAGUUACAACAGAGCAGUGUAAACACAGCACAGACAAUGCGGCUUGCUUCAGUGAUUAUUAUAUUAUAUUGUUUGUUUCAAACCUUGUUUGUCUGGUUUAUAUAUAACCUGUAUAUCAAUAUACACAUAUUAUAUACUACAUAUACUACAACUAAUGCUUAUUUCCUUAGCAAUUUAUCUUUUGCUUAUUUUAUUACUCUAUUAAAUGUAAUAAAAUUGUGAAAAUGUACAAGUUUUAAGAUUCCAAAGUAGUGUCUUCAAAUAUCUAUUUUUAUCCAACCAACAGACAAAACCCACAAAAUACUGACAUUACAAUGAUAAAUAAUUCACAUAGAAGCACAAAAUCCUCACAUCUGAGAAGCUUGAACCCAAUGAACUUUGAGAUUUAAGCUUGAUAAAUUAGCAUAAAUAGAUGAUCAAAAGUGUAGUUUAUUAAUUUCCUGCAGCAUUUGAUCCUAUCACAGGAUCUUCCACAGCGGGCGGAGAAGUUGUCUCUUUAUCUAAAGUUGUCUCUAUCUUUUUAUGGCUGAUUAAUUUGAAUAAAGUAGACCAGAAAUAAUAGUUUUGUAUGUGUUGAUUUUUAAUAUUUUGCUCCAACUGUGUUAGUUGUUUACCUUGUAAUAUAACACUAAUUUCCUAAUAAUAUUAAUUUACCCUCCCAUUUCAGGCACAGGGAGGUGAAUUACAUUUUUUCCUCACAUCUUUCUAAAUGAAUUAGCAAGGCUUUAUAUAAACAUGUGUAAUAAAAGGGCAAAUCAGCACCUUUUAUACCACCUCUAAUUGUCCCCUUGUGUUCAUGUUCCAUUGUAGUAACAGUUAACUCAGAUCUUGGGCUCCUAUUUGUCCCUGUGGCCCAGUAUUGGCUAGCGGCCUGGAGCCUCAGAUGCACAGGCAACCCUCACUGACCUGAUAACAUUUAUAGUUGUAAUGGAUUUUUUUAUGCCCGUCAUUAACUCGCUCAGAGAUUGGAGAAAGAAAUUGCUUGUACCUUUUUCUGUGGUAUUUCAACUUUAUAGCAUUAUGUUCAGAUAUGUCACCUUCCAUCAUCUCUUUUUAAGGCCUGUCCUGUCACUGAUUUUGUUUUAAAUGAACAGGUCUUUUGUGCAGGACCCUUGUAGUAUCUAGGACUUGUAAUGAAUAUUUAAUGAUGUUGAGUAAAAGCUUUGAAAGAUAUAA